AUGAGAAAGUAUCAGCUUGAAGGGCUGGAGUGGAUGAAGUCUCUUUGGAUGAAUGGACUUUGUGGUAUCUUAGCGGAUGAGAUGGGUCUCGGAAAGACGGUGCAAGCCAUCUCGUUAAUAGCGUUCUUUAAAGAACACAAUAUCCCUGGGCCGUUUUUGAUUGCUGCACCCUUGAGCACUGUCAGCAAUUGGGUAAAUGAGUUUGCUCGGUGGACCCCAUCUAUCAAUACUGUUCUUUAUCAUGGAACCAAAGAACAACGUAGUGAGAUUCGACGGAAACAGAUGAAAAAUCAGGACCAGAGAGCGCCGGAUUUCCCGGUUGUCUGUACUUCGUAUGAAAUCUGCAUGAAUGAUCGAAAGUUCCUUGCUAACUACCAGUGGAAGUAUAUCAUUGUGGAUGAGGGACACCGUCUGAAGAAUAUGAACUGCAAAUUGAUCAAAGAGCUCCUGACAUACCCAUCUGCAAAUCGACUGCUCAUAACUGGAACACCUCUGCAGAACAAUAUUGCUGAGCUAUGGUCACUGCUUCAUUUUUUGCUGCCUGAAAUAUUUAAUGAUUUGGAUAACUUUCAAAGCUGGUUUGAUUUUUCAUCUGUUCUCGAUGAUUCCGAUCAAAAUGCAGUCAACGAGAGACGGAGACGCAAUCUUGUGUCUACAAUGCAUGCCAUUCUCAAGCCAUUCUUACUACGGCGAGUAAAGACGGACGUUGAAUCAUCACUUCCGAAGAAACGAGAAUAUGUUUUGUACGCGCCACUGACACCGGAGCAGAAGGAGCUGUAUGUCCAGAUAGUGAACGGAACGAGCCGUCAAUAUCUGGAAGAGAAGGCCGCUGAGCGAAUAGAAGCUAGGAACGGCUCAGAGAAACAAUCAAGAGCACGCAGCCUGAAGAGAGGCGCAAGCGGCAGUGAGCUAAGCACGCCCAACAAGAGUGCAAAAUCUAGCCGUGACUCUACACCGACUAGGGCCCGGCGUCGAGGCAGAUCCAAAAACUACAAGGAGGAGUCUGAUAGAGACUUCAAUAGCAAGCUAGCUAGGCUAGAGAAAGGGAUACAGGAGGAAACCCCUGAGGAGAGCGAGCUUAGUGAGGGGGAGAUGGAUGAAAUUGAGAGAGCAAAAACCAUGAAGCUAGCCAGUACGUAUACCUUCUACUCUGAUUUGAGAACGAUGGUUCGCUCUAACUUAUCUGCUAUAGAGAAAGAGAUCUCCUCUAAGAAGCUCCAAAAUCCAGUCAUGCAGGCCCGGCUGGUAUGCAAUUCCCCGCUCAACUUCUACUGGCCAUGGGGAGAAGACUCGGGGGUGGACUCAACACUCAUUACAUCUUCUGGCAAGAUGCUUCUUCUAGAUCGUCUUGUGCCCUGUCUUAUAUCCAAGGGACACAAAGUCCUAAUCUUCUCUCAAUUCAAAGGCCAACUUGAUAUCCUUGAGGACUGGGCCACACAGCUCCGAUCCUGGAACUGCUGUCGAAUCGACGGUGCAAUUGCACAAGCUGACCGACAGGAACAGAUCAAUGCGUUUAACAACGAUCCUGACUACAGAAUAUUUCUGCUAAGCACCCGAGCAGGGGGCCAAGGCAUCAACCUCACUGCCGCUGACACCGUUAUUCUGUUCGAUUCUGACUGGAACCCGCAACAGGAUCUCCAGGCCCAGGACCGAGCUCACAGAAUCGGCCAGACAAAGCCAGUGAUUGUCUACCGGCUAGCUACCAGAGGCACAAUUGAACAGACCCUCCUUGAGCGAGCUGGUUCCAAACGCCGGCUGGAGAAACUAGUCAUUCAAAAGGGAAAAUUCAAAAGCUUGCUUGAUUCUACGAGUUCCUCCAACCCCCAGCGUCAGGCGGAUGAGCUAAAGAAGAUAUUCGGAGACGAAGAUAUUGAAGUGUUUGAUAUCGGCGCUGAAACCACGUCAGAGUCUCUGCUUUCGGAGAAAGAUCUACAGAUAUUGACAGACCGCAGCGAUGAGGCGUACUCGGACCAGCGGAUGAACGAGAGCGGGCGUGCCUUUGCUGCUGUCAAGGCGAAUACUGAUGCAGACGAGAUCAUGGCAGAUAUCACCAGUAAAUAA